AAAACCCCCUCGUCGAUCACCACCAAAGAACACAGUAACUAGCAGCUAGCACAUCAAACAAGUGGCGACAGACAAAGAUUUGUGAGGGUGAUCCGCGCUGAGAAGAGAUGGCUAAGAUCGCCGCGGCGGCGGCGGCGGCGCUGUGCUUCGCGGCCCUGGUGGCCGUGGCCGUCUGCCAAGGCGAGGUCGAGCGGCAGAGGCUCAGGGACCUGCAGUGCUGGCAGGAGGUCCAGGAGAGCCCGCUCGACGCGUGCCGCCAGGUCCUCGACCGGCAGCUAACCGGCGGCGGCGGCGGCGGCGGCGUUGGCCCGUUCCGGUGGGGCACCGGGCUCCGGAUGCGGUGCUGCCAGCAGCUCCAGGACGUGAGCCGCGAGUGCCGCUGCGCCGCCAUCCGGAGCAUGGUCAGGGGCUACGAGGAGGCCAUGCCGCCGCUGGAGAAAGGCUGGUGGCCAUGGGGGCGGCAGCAGCAGCCGCCGCCGCAGGGAGGAGGAGGAGGACAGGGGGGCUACUACUACCCCUGCAGCCGGCCAGGAGAGGGAUACGGCUACGGUCAGGGUGGCCAGCGGCAGAUGUAUCCACCGUGUCGUCCCGGCACCACCGGCGGCGGGCCAAGGAUCGGCCGCGUGAGGCUUACGAAGGCCCGGGAGUACGCCGCGGGGUUGCCGAUGAUGUGCCGGCUGUCGGAGCCCCAGGAGUGCAGCAUCUUCUCCGGCGGCGACCAGUACUAGCUACCAUGGUUAAAGCGAGUCGGCGCGAGGUGCAAGACGCAGCAUGUGUACUGUGCGCGUGCAAAUCCAGAAUGACGUAGCUCUGACGUGGGCUCGCAAUAUUGUCGCGUGUUCGUUACAAUAAUGAUAAUAACUAUGAGGAAUAAAUAUGGGAAUGUUGCCAGAUAGUACUGGCGCCGGUUCUUCA